GUUCUUGGUUUCUUGUACUUUUGAACAAUUCUGAUAAUGAACUUCUCAAAUGCAGUGUGUUCAUUUUUGGUGGCUUUUCAUGUUUCCAGUACUUCCAGUCCUUCAUGACAUGCUCAUGAUCAUGCACAAGAUGAUUUCUUUCAGAACACAAAAUUCUAUUCAAUGAGGAAAAAGAAUACUCAGCUGUAAGCUAUUAUGACUGGGAAUAGCAAGAGAUGAAUUCCUACUUCUUUCAUCCCAUGAAACAGCACAAAGAUUAGGUCGAACCAAUAGUGAUGAUAAAGAAGUUGAAGUAAAAUCUUCAUUUGUUCAUGGUAUGAUAUUUACUAUGUGUUCAAAUCCUCUAUUCUGUCCUGAUCACAUGGCAGCCCCCUUUGCAGUUACUGCCUCACUCCACUCAGCUGUCAGUGUUUUAUAAGACAGGCACCUGUAAAAGCUAUGAAGCCCUUCUUGGAGCUGGGUUUGAGGAGGCAACUACCUGCAAAGCUAGAACAGAAAGAUGCUGGCUUGUGGCUGGCCUCAGCAUGACUGAUCCUGUCAUGCGCUGGGCCUGUUUUUCUACACUGCUCAGGCUGCAAGUGAGAGGCAACCCCAGAACCAGCCACUACCUGUUCUUUUGGUGCUGUUCUCUUCUUUCCCCUCAGGGACUUUUUUGGCUUGAUUUGUCUCCUAUUAAAAAAAUGGGUCAGACUUUAUCCCCAUCUCAUCCAAGGUUCCCUGAUCCUCAAAGCCAGGAUAUGACCAUCUGCGAGCUGACCAGACAGUGGCUCUCCUAGGAAACACUCUCCAGCUAAAGGGCCUGGGAACAAGGGACUAUGUCAGAGCAAAAACCUGACUUCACAGAUUGCAUGUCAUAGAAUCAUUCAAUAUCAGAGUUGGAAGGGGCCUCAGGAAGUCAUCUAGUCCAACCCCUUGCUCAAAGCAGGACCAAGCCGCAAAUCCCUAAAUGGUCCCAUGAAGUAUUGAAAGCGCAACCCUGGGUUUCAAAGACUUUAGAUAUUUCUCUGACUAGUACAAGUUAUACAGGUUGUGAAUGGUGCGUAUUGCCCUGGGCCUGAGCAGGCUGAGAUUGUGGUACGUCAGGCUCCAGACCUGCAUCAGUUUGCAGUGUAAGUGUGCUGCAGGGAGAGGUGCAUGGAACUCACUGGGUCCAUUGACCCCAGCAACGGUAGCCCAGUAGUUAGCCACAGCCACCCAGAUAUGACCCCCCCGCCCCCCAGGAGAGUCGGCGCCUGAAUGACAGUGAUGCAGGGACAAGGCCCCUUGGAUAUAGUUUAGGGACCUCACAGCCAUACGGCUGGGGAUUAUGGACAAAAACAGCUCUAUAUAGACACUGCCCCCAUGGGGUAUUAUCACACUGCUGCAGGGACACUGCCUCCCGGGGGUGGGAAAUCGCAGUGCUGCAGAGACACUGCCUCCCUUUGGUGGGAUGGAGGUCUAACUGAUGUGCAGCUACACAACCCACCGUGGGUAUUACCCCAGUGUGGCUGGCCUGGUGCAUGUUCACGUUCCCCCUGGGGGGCCAUAUGUAUGUCUUCCCUCUGGGCUCUGCUGCAGCCUUGGCUCACCCAGGGUGGCCAUGGGCUCUGAUAGCACUCUCCUGCUGCCCCAACCCUGCACCAGGGCAUGUGCGCCACCUGCCGGCUCAGCUGUCUCCAAAGUCCUUCGGUCCCCCGCCCGCAGUGCCCAGCUUCUGGAGCUGUGAAAGGACCAAGGGUUGGCUGCAUGGUCCGUGGCUCCAACCUGACAGGGCAGCUCUAGGAGUCAUGCAAGUUAUUGCAAAAGGAGGAGAAGAUAAUUGGCCGAGUCCUGCCAGAGCUAGGCAUAGAGCAGUUUCACAUCCUGCCCCCACCCCCGGUCGAUAUGGUCAUGCAGGGGGGGGUGUCACUUUUAUUGAAGCCCAGGAACUUUUGGUGGCAAGGAGCUGAAACCCCCAUGAGCUGGGUAUGUGUUGGAGGUGAGCACUGCUCCCCUGUGCCCUGCCUGGGAUCCUUAAAUGGUAACCCUUACCCUCCCCAGAGCUGCAUUAUUGGCUUUUGGCCCAGAUGCAAAUAUUUGCACAGCGGGGGCGGUGAGGGAAUGAGAGCUAAGGGCACAGCCCUGCUUGGACAGUCCAGCCUCAGCCUGACCAUUUCUGUACAGGCUCUGCGACAGUCCCUGAGGCGCAGCAGGAUGAUUCAGGCCAGAGCAGUGCUGCUGCUUGCCCUGGCCUGUGCCCUCAGCACAGGUAGGAGUGCCCACCUCGGGCAACCAGGGCCUGCUGUGAGCCUGCCCUCUCAGCUGGUCAGGGACUAGGGCAGAGGGCCCUUUUGGAAUUGGCAUGAGGUCCAACAAAUGCCUCUCCCUCCUGCAGCUCAGUACUGCUGGCAAAUGCCCUGCUGAGGAGGUCUGGGAGCAGGCAGCGAGGAGGAGGAGGGCACAGGGGAGACCAUAAGGAAAAGCCCCAUCAGGCAGAGCAUGAACAGCUGCUCUCCCCUUAGUGCUCAAGCCCCACAGAGGAAAGGACUCUGACCAGCAUAGCUGGGUCAUGACUCCAGCCAAAAGGGGAGAGGGUAGUGGACAACAAUGAGCAGCAGUGCCCCUGAGUGGGGCCAGGCCAUGGGCUCUGUGGGGCAGGAAUGCUGGCAGAGCCUUUAGGGCAGUGCCCCAGCCACUGACUGCACUCACACAUGUGCUCUGUCCUAGCUUGGCUGGUCAAUCGGUGCUGUUUGGGGCUCUGGCGUGUUUUCUCCUCUGUGUUUGGGCAAAGACGUGCUGAGACCUCUCAGACAGGGCCCCCUGGUGCUGAGGCGUUCCCACUGGGACCCCAGCCUCUGCCCUGACCUAGCACUUAACAGACCAGACUAUGGCUGAGAAUUUUAGAUGAUACAAAACACAGCUUGAAACAGCCCCUUGCUGUAGCCAUUGAUAUGGCCAGUCGCACUGCCGGCCCCACUGCUGAUCACCCGGCCGACCUGCCAGCCCCUCUGCCUGCCCACAGCUGACCCCUCUACUGACCCUACUGAUGGCCCACCAGCCCUGCUGCCAGCACACUGGCCCCGCUUGUGGACUGCUGGCCCCUCUACCAGCCCCACUGACGGCUCCGCUGCCUGUCCAUAGCUCUGCUGCCAGCCCAGGCACUUCUGCCUCACUGGCCCCAGUGCAUCUCUGGACCCCUCUCUGUUCCAUGCCCAGGGCGGGGCGAGAGGCCAAAGCUGGGCACCCUCAGCCAUGUGGUUACCAGGAGUGUGUCUCUUGAUGUAUACCCCAGGGCAAUGGCGCUCCCCUCUCAAUGACUUCCAGAGGCUCAAAGCAACCCAGCUGCUACCUCUGAGCCAACGAGGCUCUGGCCCAGAGCAGGAUGAGCCUUCAGACACUGAGGAGUGUGCCAGGCGCUGCACGGUACUGCUGGACUGCAGGGCCUUUCACUUCAACCACCAGCGCCAUAGCUGCCAGCUACUGCCAUGGACCCAGCACUUGGCAGACAUCCACAUUAAGAGGAACGUCCACUAUGACCUCUACCAGAAGAAAGAUUAUAUGCAGAAUUGCAUUAGGGGAGAUGGGAGGAGCUACCGGGGCAUGCGGUCCACGACGGAGGAGGGGAAGAACUGUCAACAGUGGAGGCUGAAGUUUCCCCAUGAUCACAGGUUUUCGCCCUCUCUGCGGAACGGCCUGGAGGAGAACUACUGCCGGAACCCAGACAGAGAUGAGCGGGGUCCAUGGUGCUAUACCACGGACCCGGCCGUCCGGCACCAGAGCUGUGGUAUCAAGAAGUGUGAAGAUGACAUGUGCGUGUUGUGUAAUGGGGAAGAUUACCGGGGACUUGUGGACCACACGGAAUCUGGGCGGGAGUGCCAGCGCUGGGACCUGCAGCACCCCCACAAGCAUCCAUACCAUCCCCACAAAUACCCUGAGAAGGAUCUGGAUGACAAUUACUGCCGCAACCCUGACAGCUCCGUGGGCCCCUGGUGCUACACCACAGAUCCUGCCCGGGAGCGGGAAUACUGCCACCUCCGCAAAUGCAAAGCAGAGAAAAGCCCACGAGUGGCAGACACCACCACCAGCUGCUUCAAGCACAAAGGCGAAGGCUACCGGGGCAAGGUGAACGUCACCACGUCAGGAAUCCCCUGCCAGCGCUGGGACGCCCAGACCCCCCACCGGCACCACUUCCGGCCCGAGGAAUACGAGUGCAAGGACCUACGGGAGAAUUACUGCCGGAACCCUGAUGGCUCAGAGGCCCCCUGGUGCUUCACCAGCCUGCCCAGCAUGCGCGUCGCCUUCUGCUUCCAGAUCAAACGCUGCACCGACGAGGUGGAGGUGGAGGACUGUUACCAGGGAAAUGGUGAACUGUACAGAGGCAAGAUCAGCAAGACCCGGAAGGGCAUCACUUGCCAGAAGUGGUCAGCAGGCUCGCCCCACACACCCCAGAUCUCUCCCGCCAUGUUCCCCGCCAUGAGGCUGGAGGAGAAUUAUUGCCGGAACCCCGACAACGACAGCCACGGGCCCUGGUGCUACACCAUGGACCCCAGCACCCAGUUUGAUUACUGCGCCAUCAAGCCCUGCGCAGGUGACAAGACACCAUCCAUCCUGGAGACUGUAGAUAAUGUGGUCUUUGCCGAGUGCGGAAAGAGGGAAGAACGCGUCCAGCUGAAGGGCCGUAUAGUUGGGGGACGCCCCGGGAACUCACCUUGGACUGUCAGCAUCCGCAACCGGAAAGGAGUGCAUUUCUGUGGAGGAUCACUGGUGAAGGAGCAAUGGGUCAUCAGCACGCGCCAGUGCUUCUCCUCCUGUGACACUGACUUGUCUAGCUACGAGGUCCAACUUGGGACCCUCUUCAAGGACCCCAGUCCCAGUGACCCCGACAAACAGGCUGUCCCCAUACUGAAACUUGUCUGCGGGCCCUCCGCGUCUGACCUGGUCCUGCUGAAACUGGCCAGGCCAGCGACUCUGAACAAGCGGGUGGCUCUCAUCUGCCUCCCACCAGAGCGGUUCGUCGUUCCCGAGAACACAGAGUGCGAAAUCGCUGGAUGGGGUGAAACCGGAGGUACUGGCAACAAAACUCUGCUCAAUGUAGCCAAGCUACCCGUGAUGAGCAACAAGGAGUGCAACAUGGCGCUCAGAGGCCAGGUGAAGGAGAGCGAGCUGUGUACUGCGCCCCUGCGAGCUGGGGUGGGGGCCUGUGAGGGCGACUAUGGGGGGCCGCUGGCCUGCCUGACCCAUGACUGCUGGGUGCUGGAGGGCGUCAUCACCCCUAUGCGUGUGUGUGCCCGCAAGGACAAGCCAGCCGUCUUCACUCGUGUGUCGCUCUACGUCGAUUGGAUCAACAAAGUGAUGAGGAUGCUCUGAGCUUUUGGGGGCCCCAGCUCAACCCCCUAAAGAGCUCAGCGCUGCUUUCCUCUCCGUCUGGUGAUGGCUGUGGGCUCUGAGAUGUACGUUCACCAAUGGCAAACUGUGCCAAGCCCUCGCAGCAUCCUCAGGCAAGGCUCUGAGUCCAGAUUAUCUGUCCCAUGUGCUGAGAGCAACCCAGGUCAGCCCGUCCCUGAGCUAUGGCCACCGGCCCUAGGACGGGGGUACUCAUGGUUACUAUAUUGGCUGAUUUCAAUAAACUGCUCAAGGUG